AACAAGAAGAAGAAGACUUACCAACGAAACGUCUGUCAAAAUUUCAAACUGUCAACAAUUUUAACAAUUUAAUAAAAAAAAAACAUGUUUUCGUUCGGCAACAGCACCAGUACGCCAAAAACAGCGACAGGUUUUACCUUGCCCACGUCGACUACAGCCACAACUUCAGCCGGCGGCUUCCAGCUGAAUAUCGGGGCGGGGGAUAACAAAACCUCUCAAAGUAAACCCGGGGUCACUUUAUUCGCAGCCCCCGCAGCUAAAACUACAGCUCCCGGAGUGGUUUUGCCUAGUUUUGGGGCUACAACUGCCACAUCAACAACAGGUACUAGUGAGGCUCCGCCGGCUUUUGAUAUAGGUGCCAGUACAGCUACAUUGUCUACAACUUUCACACCAAUUGUAGGGAGUUCGGCUCCAAGUACAGUUGGUUUGUUGUUUACUGGGUCUGCACAGAGCACUACAUCCCCUAAGUUUUCCAGUUUGGCUACAACAACUUCAGCAGCACCUAGCCUAACACUAGGGGGCACUACAUCCACUGCAGGAACUGCUGUUUCCAUAUCAGCUGCAGCUGCAACUAGUGCCCCAGCAGGAUCUCUCACAUUUGGCCAGCUGGAAGAUUCUAUUAACAAAUGGACAAUUGAUUUAGAAGAACAAGGUAAAUUUUUCAUCAAUCAAGCUAAACAAUUAAAUGCUUGGGAUUCCCUAUUGAUUUCAAAUGGUGAGAAAAUUUUGAAUUUAAAUGGAAGCAUUGAAAGAGUUAAACAGCAACAAACUCAGCUGAAUCAAGAGUUGGAUUUUGUUUUGGCACAACAAAAAGAGUUGGAAGAGUUAAUUGCUCCCUUGGAAAAGGAUUUAAUGGAUAUACCUGUUACAGAUAUUGACCGCAAUCAAAUGUACCAAAUGUCAGAAAUGAUAGAUUCACAGCUAAAACAAAUGUCAGAUGACUUAAAAGAAAUCAUAGAACAUAUAAAUGAGUCCCACAAAGAUGAAGAAACAUCAAACCCUAUUACACAAAUCAGUCGCAUAUUAAAUGCCCAUAUGAAUUCUUUGCAAUGGAUUGACACUAACACAGCACAAAUUUCAACACAUUUGGAACAAAUUAAUAAAAUGCAAGAUUUAAAUAGAAGAAAUAUGUCAUUAAAUAAUUCUUUUAAAGGUUUUUAAAUUAGUUUUUGUAUUGUAUUUACCGUCUAAAAUAAACAUUUUUUUCUUUAUCGAUUUUUUU